AUGGAGCGGCGCGGCUCUGCCUCCGACUCCUCGGAUUCCGAGGACUCCUCUCUCUCGGACUCGGAGCUCCAAGAGGCCUUCGCUAGGGGCGAGCUGAAGCCGGGGCUCAACGUGGUGCUGGAGGGGCGGCCGAAGCAGUCUAACGACGUGGACGGUUUGAAGCAGUGCCUGGCUGAUUUCAAGCACCAACUAGCAUGGGUGGAAAGGCUGGAUGUGACGUUGGAUCCAAUUCCAAAUGCUGUGGAGUCUGUCUCCCACAGUGAUCCUAACAAAGAUGCCGUUGAUCCUGAGAAUGAUUUCCAGAGAGAGAUGAGUUUUUACCGGCAGGCGCAGGCAGCGGUGCUGGAGGCCCUACCGAGGCUGCGUAAGCUCCAUGUUCCUACCAGAAGGCCAGAUGAUUACUUUGCAGAGAUGGCCAAGUCAGACCAGCAGAUGCAGAAGAUUCGGCAGAAGCUUAAGAGUAAGCAGGAAGCAAUGGAGAAGUCAGAGAAAGCGAAACAGCUCCGUGCAAUGAGAAAAUAUGGCAAGAAGGUACAAACAGAGAUUCUACAGAAGAGGCAAAAGGAGAAAAAAAAGAUGUUAAAUGCAGUCAAGAAGUAUCAGAAAGGUCUCUCUGACAAGCUGGAUUUUCUGGAUGAAGAACAGACUUCAUCUCAGGGGAAUAAGAAAGGCGGUGCCAAUCAACGAAUGAAGAAAGGAGAGGAGAACUGUGGCCUAUUGGAGUACAGACUGAAAUGUGCUAAUUUCUUCCUCUUUGAUCAGAGGGGGAACUUCUAUGAGAAUUGA